UCAUCUGCAGCUGCAGCUGAGCAGACUGGAUAUCCAGGAGGGCCGUACGAUACGUCUCUUUUGGUGAAGUACGAGCAUCAUGUUGCUCGACAUAUAUGGUUCGGUGAGGAAAGAGGACCAAAGAAAGAGUUGAAGGUUGCCGGACAUGGACUGAAGUUGACUUCUAGGGUUCCAUUGGCUCUUCCACCACAGAUGGAGAGUUGGGUAUCUAGAUCCGGUUUAGCUUCACUGCAGAGAACGAGUCUGAACAAGAUAGACACAAAUCUUGUCUCUGCAUUUGUGGAAAGAUGGCAUCUAGAGACAUCUUCAUUUCACAUGCCGUUUGGUGAAAUGAGCAUUACUUUAGAUGAUGUCGCAUGUCUACUUCACUUGCCCAUUAGGGGUAUCUUUUGGAGUCCUCAGGAUGUGACUGAAGAGCUAGCUGUUGAACUUGCUGUUGACUACCUAGGAGUGUCACAGGGUCAGGCACAGUCACAUGUUCGGAGCUGCAGGGGGUCGUAUUACAAGUUGGAGUGGUUAUAUGAUAUAUUCGUACAUCAUAGGGCUGCUUUCACCUAUAAUGUUUCCUAA